UCCCUACAUGUAGAUAUGGCUGCUGUGAACUAUCUGAGAUCUGAAGAUCAGUUCCUGUGCUCCAUCUGUCUGGAUGUGUUCGCUGAUCCUGUCAGCACAUCAUGUGGACACAACUUCUGUAAAAACUGCAUCACUGAACACUGGAAAACUAACGCCCAGUACCAGUGUCCGAUGUGUAAUGAGGUUUUCAACACAAGACCGAAGUUGCGGGUCAACACUUUCAUCUCUCAGAUGGUUUCUCAGUUCAGACAGUCAGCUCAGCAGGAAGCCUGCAGCAGCAGCAGCAGCAGCAGCAGCAGCAGCAGCAGCAGCAGCAGCAGCAGCAGCAGCAGCAGCAGCAGCAGCUCGGAUCAACAAGAGUCCAAACCAGGAGAAGUUCCCUGUGACGUCUGCACUGGAACCAAACUGAAGGCCCUGAAGUCCUGCCUGGUGUGUCUGGUCUCCUACUGUGAGACUCACCUGGAGUCUCAUCUGACAGCUUCAGGCCUGAAAAGACAUCAGCUGAUCGACCCUGUAGAGAACCUGGAAGGCAGGAUGUGUACGAAGCACGAUAAACCUCUGGAGCUGUUCUGUAAGACCGACCAGACAUGUGUCUGCACGUUCUGCACUGUUUCAGACCACAAGAUGCACGAUGUUGUUCCUCUGAAGGAAGAAUAUGAAGGAAAGAAGGCCGAGCUGGGGAAGACAGAGGCUGAAAUUCAGCAGAUGAUCCAGAAGAGACGACUGAAGAUUGAGGAGAUCAAACAGUCGGUUGGCCUCAGUGAGGAAGAUGCAGACAGAGAGAAAGCAGAAGGUGUUCAGGUUUUCACUUCUCUGAAGGAGUCUGUUGAGAGAGGCCUGAAGGAGCUCAUCGACACCAUCGAAGAGAAGCAGAGAACAACAGAGCAACAGGCUGAAGGCUUCAUCAAAGAGCUGGAACAGGAAAUCUCUGAGCUGAUCAAGAGAAGGACUGAGGUGGAGCAGCUCUCACGCUCUGAAGACCACCUCCAUCUUCUCCAGAGUGUCCAGUCCCUGAACAUCCACCCUCCACCCACCAAGGACUGGACAGAGAUCAGCGUCCGUCCAUCAUAUGAGGGGACUGUGGUGAGAGCUGUGGCUCAGCUGGAGGAGACGCUCAGUAAAGAGAUGAAGAAGCUGUUUGAGUCUGAGCUGAAGAGGGUCCAGCAGUAUGCAGUGGAUGUGACUCUUGAUCCUGAUGCAGCACAUCCUACACUCAUCCUGUCUGAUGAUGGGAAACAAGUGUAUGAUAGUGAUGUGAAGAAGAAUCUUCCAGACAAUCCAAAGAGAUUUUUUGGUUGUAUCUGUGUUUUAGGAAAGCAGAGUUUCUCUUCAGGCAGAUUUUACUUUGAGGUUCAGGUUAAAGGAAAGACUAAAUGGGAUCUAGGAGUGGCCAGAGAGUCGAUCAACAGGAAAGGAGACAUUAAACUAAGCCCUAUGAAGGGUUACUGGACUAUUUGGUUGAGAAAUGGAAAUCAGUACAGUGCUCUUGCUGACCCGUCAGUCCGUCUCUCUCUGAAGUCUCGGCCUCAGAAGGUGGGGGUGUUUGUGGAUUAUGAGGAGGGUCUGGUCUCCUUUUAUGACGUAGAUGCUGCAGUUCUUAUCUACUCCUUUACUGGCUGCUGCUUCACUGAGAAACUCUUACCGUACGUCGGUCCUUGUAAUAAUGAUGGUGGUAAAAACUCUGCCCCUCUGAUCAUCUCUCCUGUCAGAGUAAACUAAUGAGUAAACUCACUUCAUGUAUUGAUUAAAUUUUCUUAAAAGAGAACAAAUUUACAUAUUUAAUUUAGAAUUUAGAACAUAAUUUCUACAGAAUCUGUUUACUGUGGUGAUUGAUUUACACUUCAUUGUGAGAUCUUUAAAUUUAUGUAUCCAAUUAUAUAGGAAAUACAGAGUUGAUACAUUCAUCUCUUCAACCCUGCAUCAUGGGGUGGAUCGAUUCUCAGAUGAAUCGCAAUCACAAUGCGGAUUUGGGUGAUUCGAAAUCGAUUCACACCUGUUAAUACUAAAUGUUCAUGUUUAUGGAUAACAUAAUGAUGAUGGAAUGAAAAGGCGGAACGCAGAAAUAGCGCUAACAAACAUCUCUUCAGACUGCGGUCUGGAAGCUGAGCAGGACAUUUUUUGGCUGCUAGUUCAAGUUCGUUUAUUGUCAUUCAUUCAGAUAUUAAGUUCCUAGGU